AUGAAUAGAAGAAGGCCUUGUUCAAGGAACCUCAGGAAAAGUGAGCAUAAGCCAGAGAAGACAUGUAAGGCCUUCAAGGAUAUUUCCAGACACUUCUCUAAGGAAGAAUGGACAAAGCUGAGUCCUUCAGAGAAAAUCACCUAUGUGUAUAUGAAAAGGAACUACACCACCAUGACCAGUCUAGGCCUCAGAGCCCAUCUCCCAGAUUUCAUGGAUUCCAAGGAAGAGGCCUCAAAACCUGUGCUCAGUGAAUCUGAUGAAGGUCGUGGCCGUGAGAGUCAAGGGCUCAAUGAAAGGGAUGUGAACAUUUGGAGCCAUAGGCUAAGGAAAAGGAAGAAGCCAGUGAUCUAUGAAGAGAUCAGUGACCCAGAAGAAGAUGAUGAAGAAGAAGAAGGCUGGACCUGCAAUAUCUUUUUUCUAGAAGGUGCCAGCACUCUGUUUAAUGCUAAAACUGCAAGAGAAAGUGACUUUUCUCACUGUGCACAGCAGGUAGAACACGAUGUGCAUCACUCAGAGGGUGAAAGGUCAGGUAUGAGGGGCAGUAUGGCAGACGAAUCAACAGAAGUCCAAGAUGAAGGCUCAGAUAUGGGGAAUAACAAUAGAGAAAAGUAA